CACUCGACUAAGGAAGGCCCCUAAUAAUAUCUAAGUAAUAUAAUUUAAACUGGUUUCACACUUUUUUCGUGAGAUAAACAGUAAGAUAAAUGAAGUUGAUAAGCCCUUGCGUUAUCUGCAUUCCACUAGUUAGGUAUGUAGCAUCAUUCAGAGCAGUCAUCUAGCAAGAUGUUUUCUAAUGAUUUUCCAGCGCCAAAACGGCUUCUGGAUCUAAACGAAGAAGAUAAGCUUCGUUUCAUAUCUUCAUUCGACUACGUGUUCACCGAUUGUGAUGGCGUACUGUGGAAUCGAUAUGAGCCUAUAGAGGGCGUUGGUGCAGCGAUCGGUACGCUGAAGAGCUUGGACAAGCAUGUGGUCUACGUAUCGAACAACAGUAUUCGAACGUUUGAAAACUAUAGAAAACAGCUGCAGAAAAUGGGACACGACGUGGACGAGGUGGACAUUAUUCAACCAGUGACCAGUGUAAUCAAGUAUUUGAAGUCGGUCAACUUCGAGGGUUUGAUCUACGCUAUAUGUGCAGAACAAUUUUUGAUAGGUUUGACGGAAGCGGGAUUCGAGGUCGUCCGUGGGCCUAAUGAAGUGCAACCGGAGUCUCUAAGUCUUAUCAUUCCAACAAUAUUCGAUAGGAAACUCGUCAAGGCGGUUGUAAUAGAUUACGAUUACAACUUCAACUACCCUAAGCUCAUGCGCGCUGAACUGUACUUGAAAAGUGAUCCCGAGUGCAUUCUGAUUGCCGGAGGCACCGAUCACUGGACGCCCAUAAGGCAAAAGGUCAACGUGAUUGGCCCGGGUCAUUUUGUGGACAUUCUGGAGAAAGCUACUGGGCGCAAAGCAAUUGGAUUGGGUAAGCCAGGACUUCAACUGGGCGUGCAGUUGAUGGAACAAUACGGGGUCCAGGACUCGCAAAGGGUGCUUUUUGUUGGAGAUACGAUUGCGCAAGAUGUAGCGUUUGGAAAAGUGGCGGGAUUUCAGACGCUGCUGGUUUUGACUGGUGGAACCAAGAUGUCGGAUGUUAUGAAACUUUCGGGCCGGGAUAUUGCUCCUGAUUACUACACUGAAAGCUUUGCUGAUUUGAGAAAGGUCAUUAACGAUGUACAGAUUGACAAAAAUAAAAUUUUGUAAAAAUCUAAAAA